CCGAGGGACCCCCUGCCGCGGCGCAGGGCUCGCGUCGCCCCCCUGCAUGGAAGUUCAAGGGCUCCGUCCACUGGCUGUCGCGGCUGCUGAGCCUGCCCUGAGGAGGCCUGACAGGUAAUUUCAAUGCUGUCACUAUGGACCUGAACUCUACUGGAAUGCUCGGAUGCACGGCAGCCCCUCCACUAGCUUGCUUCCGUCGGCCCUGCUGCGAGAAGAUGGCAAAAGCGAAUAUCACCAGAGACCUCAUCCACAGGCAGCUCAAGGAGACAGGUGCCCUCAGCUUUGAACGACACUAUCACGUUACUGACCCAUUCAUUCGGCGCCUGGGCUUGGAGGCAGAACUGCAAGGUCACACUGGCUGUGUCAACUGUCUGGAAUGGAACGAGAAGGGAAACUUGCUGGCCUCUGGCUCAGAUGAUCAGCACACCAUCGUGUGGGAUCCCUUGCACCAGAAGAAGCUGCUUUCCAUGCACACAGGGCAUACGGCAAACAUCUUCUCCGUCAAGUUCUUGCCACAUGCAGAGGAUCGGAUACUCAUCACCGGGGCUGCCGAUUCCAAGGUGCAUGUCCAUGACUUGACUGUUAAAGAAACCAUCCAUAUGUUUGGGGAUCACAAAAACAGAGUCAAGCGCAUUGCCACGGCUCCCAUGUGGCCCAACACCUUCUGGAGCGCGGCAGAGGAUGGGCUUAUCCGACAGUACGACCUGCGAGAGAACAGCAAGCACUCGGAAGUCCUGAUAGACCUGACGGAAUACUGUGGGCAGCUUGUGGAGGCCAAAUGUCUCACUGUCAACCCACAAGACAACAAUUACCUAGCAGUGGGAGCCAGUGGGCCCUUUGUGCGGAUCUAUGACAUACGCAUGAUCCACAACCACAGAAAAAGCAUGAAGCAGAAUCCCACUGCUGGAGUCCAUACGUUUUGUGAUCGGCAGAAGCCCCUCCCGGACGGUGCUGCACAGUACUAUGUAGCAGGACACCUUCCGGUGAAACUCCCAGACUACAAUAACCGGCUGAGGGUGUUGGUAGCAACGUACGUCACCUUCAGUCCUGAUGGCACGGAGCUGUUGGUGAACAUGGGAGGGGAGCAGGUUUACUUAUUCGAUCUGACUUACAAGCAGCGGCCAUACACUUUUCUCCUGCCAAAGAAAUGCCACGCUUCAGGAGAGGUGCAGAAUGGGAAGACGUCUACCAACGGGGUGUCAAACGGCAUCCAUCUCCACAGCAACGGAUUCAGGUUGGCUGAGGGCCGAGCACACGUCAGCCCCCAGGCAGAGCUUCCCCCUUACCUGGAGAAAAUUAAGCUACAGGCCAACGAGGCUUUCGCUUGCCAGCAGUGGACUCAAGCCAUCCAGCUCUACAGCAAAGCGGUCCAGAAGGCCCCCAACAACGCCAUGCUGUAUGGGAACAGAGCCGCCGCCUACAUGAAGCGCAAAUGGGACGGGGACCAUUACGACGCUUUGCGGGACUGCUUAAAGGCCAUCUCCCUGAACCCGUGCCACCUGAAGGCUCACUUCCGCCUGGCCCGCUGCCUCUUUGAGCUGAAGUAUGUGGCAGAAGCGCUGGAGUGUCUGGACGACUUCAAGGGAAAGUUCCCCGAGCAGGCACAUAGCAGCGCUUGCGAUGCCCUAGACCGGGACAUCAAUGCAGCCCUCUUCUCGAAAAGCGAUAAUGCGGAGGACAAGAAAGGGGGCGGCCCCAUUUGGCUGCGAGCCACCGGGCGCAAGGAUUCCAUCUCGGAUGACGAGAUGGUGCUGAGGGAGCGCAGCUACGACUACAAAUUCCGGUACUGUGGCCACUGCAACACCACCACGGACAUCAAAGAGGCUAACUUCUUUGGCAGCAACGCGCAAUACAUCGUCAGCGGCUCCGACGACGGCUCCUUCUUCAUCUGGGAGAAAGAGACGACCAACCUCGUUCGGGUUCUGCAGGGGGACGAGUCGAUCGUCAACUGCCUCCAGCCCCACCCCAGUUACUGCUUCCUGGCCACCAGCGGCAUCGACCCCGUUGUGCGGCUGUGGAACCCCAGGCCGGAGAGCGAAGCACUGAACGGGCGGGUGGUGGAAGACAUGGAAGGCGCUUCCCAGGCUAACCAGAGGCGGAUGAACGCAGACCCCUUGGAGGUGAUGCUGUUGAACAUGGGCUAUCGGAUCACAGGACUUACCAGCAGCGGAGCCGGAGGCUCAGACGACGAAGACAGCUCGGAGGGGCAAGUCCACUGCCGGACCAGCUAAAGCUGAAUCGCCUCUC